UAUAAGUAUUUCACACAUUUCUUUCUUCUUUAAAAGAACAAUUAUAUUUUUUUACUUUUUUUGUUUUAUUUUUCUAUAAUAAGGAGUGAUUUUUUUUUGCAUAUUUUAUAUUUUUGACUACUAUAAAAAUGCCAACCAAUUUAUUAGUUUCGGCAUCAACUAAUAUUAAAGUAUGGGAUUUAAUGUCGAGGGAUAAGAACUCUAAUGAAAUCGAGACUUCAAAAGUUAUUCCGGAACACUUGCUCGGUGCUGAGGUUGCUUCGUUUACACCUAAUAAUACUUCAACUGCCGUUAAUGUAGCUCGUUGGAGUCACGAUAACCAAUUAUUGGCCGUGGCAGGGAAUGAUGGAACUCUUACAAUACAUAAUUCGCAAGGAACACUUAUAGAAACAAUACUAUCAAACGAUAAUGAAUCGAAUGAUUAUGCAGAUAUUAAUGCACUCCGAUUCCUAAAUAAAUCACAAUAUAUUUUAUUCGGAGGAUCCGAUAAAAUUGUUAACGUUUGGGAUCGUAAGGAAUCAACUUUUAUUGAACCUUUUAAAGGUCAUCGAAGUACUAUAACAUGUAUCGACUUGAAUUUGGAUGAAUCCAUCGUGGCUAGUUCCGCAUUAAAUGGAAAUAUCAUUAUUCACAACCGUCAAAAAUCAAAUACAUGUAAUAAUUUGACUGUAUUGACGAAACAACCAAUAAAUGUUUUGCAAUACUCUUAUGUCAAACGAGGUCUUUUGGCUGCUGGAGGUGAUGAUGGAUCGUUACGACUAUGGGAUACUGGUGUAUCUACAACAGCAAUACAGAAAUAUGAAAAAGCCCAUCAUUCAGAGAUUAAGGGAAUAGCCUUUUCUCCUUCCAAUCAACAUUUGUUGAUAAGUGCAGGAAUGGAUAAACGUAUUGUUUUAUAUGAUGUUAGCAAAAAAGAGAGUCUGAAAAAUAUACACACAGAUUCGCCUUUAACGGCUUUAGCUUUUAGGGCGGACUGUGUCACUAUAGCAGCUGGUACGCUGCAAGGUAAGAUUUUAAUAUAUGACUUACGUUCAUACAACAAAGCUAUGUGUACAUUAUAUGGGCACGAGCCUCAUCCCAUUCAAUGUUUGCAAUUUCAGGAGAAAGAACGUGUAUCUGUGCGACGCCCUACUUUGAGUAGGAACAAAAGCGGUCAUGUUAGAACAUCAUCAAAAGAAUCAAUUCUCGUUUCCCCUAACAGAUCAACAAAAGCUUCGCCAACGCCAUCUCCCCCAGCAUCUAGUGAAUCAAAGGAAAAGAAUUACAUGGAUAUGUUUUCACCGAUCAAGGAUUCGGUUGAAGAUAGUGUUGUGAAUGAUGUAAAAGCUACAAAUAAAACAACAAAUAAAAAUAUUACGAAAAUUCCAUCGCCAGUCAAAAGCGAUAUAAUAAGUUCAGGUAUAAUAGAUAACCUGAAAGCACGUUUAGUCAAUAAAGUCGGAGAAGCAAUAAAUGAAGUGCAAAAGUUACCGAUAAUUGGAAAUAGUGAUUCUAUUUUGCCGGAUACAACAAGUCCAAAGAAACGGGUAGCUUUUAUGGAUCUUGAAUCAAUUCCUAACAAAAAUGACAUUACCACUGCUUCCGCAAGUAACGGUAAAAUUAAUCACAUAAAUCAUAACGGGACGACUAUAACUAAUGAAAAUAUUGUCUCCGCUGUUGUUACUGCUAGUAGUAGCAAUGCUGAUAACAUGAAUAAUAAUGGGACUGCUAUAAUUAAUGAGAAAAUCGAUACUGUUACAUCCAAUAGUGAUAGUAAUAUUGAUAACAUAAUUCCUAAUGGGACUACUAUCGUUGAUAAAAAUCUUGACACAUCCACUUCCAAUAGUAAUAAUAGUAAUAAUAGUCCAAAUAGUAAUAAUAGUACAACAGGCACAGCAACAAGCUUUCAACUUCAAGUUAUUGGAAGCGUUGUUGAUGAAUGUUUGCAAGAUUUUCGGAUAUCAUUACGAAACGAUAUACAAAAUAUGCAUUUGGAAUUGUUACGACAGUUCCAUAUUCAAAAGACGGAAAUGGAAAUGAUGUUUCUAAAAUAUUGUGGAGAAACAAUGUCAUUACGAGAAGAAGUUGAACGACUUCGUGAAGAAAAUCAACGGCUAAGAAUGAAAUUGUAAAUUACGGAGAAGAUCAAAGUAAAUGAUAUAUUUUGAAAUUUGAAAAUACAUUUGUGUAUAAUAAAGGGCCAAAAAGGAGCUGAGAAUCAUGGAUAAUUUUAUUCAAAUUAUUUUCAUAUUUUCUAGAACAUUUAAUAAUAAUUAAUUUUUUUUAAAAAAAAAAAAGAAACCGAAUAGAAA